UCAAUUUUUCAUAUCAGCAAUUUAACGGAACCACUUUGUGUCCUCGAUGAAUUAAUUUUUAUGUCAAAAAUUUACUUUUAUUGUUAUAAAAACAUAAACAUUCCUGUUUGAAGUGUUUUUCAGUAGAUUUUAAUUUUUAGUCAUCUUUGAAUUUCAAGUUUUCUAAAAGAUUUUCCUCUUUUAAAAGUGUUCUAAAAAAAUUCUAGCAAAACAAAAUUCAAACAAAAACCAUCCCAACUUAUUUUACUUGUUUCUUUUUAUAAAUGCAUCUGCGGGAACAGUAACGCUAUAUGUGCAAAGAAAAAAUUAUCUUCCAUUAUCUCAUUCCUUUGAAUAAAAACAAUAACAACACAACAACUUGUCGAACACAAUCUUGUUGUCUCUGGGUCUUCGUCACCCCCAACCAAACGCGAAGAAACGGAUGAACCAUAGUCUCUUGUUAAGUCAGUUUGACAUUUGCGCUCGCGAAGGAAAGAAAAAGAUCUCUACUUUCAAACGAAUCAAAUAGUAAUCAAAAUCAAAGAAAAUAGUGAAAUCCCCUGUGCUUGUACGCGCUGCCGUGAGAAGAAACAGGAUCUCGUGGUUCCAAAAACUCAAACUCAACAAAAGUCUAUUCAAAUACUAUUUAAUUCCCACGGAAGUUUGCGAAUCUUGAAACCUAACAACGGUGCAAGGUCGUCGUGUUCGAGAGAAAAAGUCUUAAAAGUUUGGUGUCAGCUCGAUAUACUUCGUAAGCCACAAAAACACACUUUGGUUGAGGAGGGAACUCAAACGCAAACGACAAAAUAAUAUAAACCAGAAAAAUGGUUGACUACUAUAAAACACUAGAAGUUGUUCGCACAGCCAACGAUGUUGAAAUCAAGAAGGCCUACAGAAAACUAGCACUCAAGUGGCACCCCGACAAGAAUCCAGACAAUCUAGAAGAGGCAAAUAUUCGUUUUAAGGAAAUCUCUGAGGCUUACGAAGUGCUGUCGGACGAGAAGAAGCGCCGCAUCUAUGAUCAAUAUGGUAAAGAAGGUCUCAUUGGCGACAGCCAACGAAGUAGACCCUCGCGCAGAUAUGGAGGCAAUGGUAGCGGUAUGCACGAGUUCGAUGAAUACGACAUAAUGGGCGGGUUCCCAUUCGUAUUCCGUCCUCCGGACGAAGUCUUCCGCGAGUUCUUCGGGGUAAAUUCACCUUUUGCGGACCUAUUCCGCGAGGUACACCAUCCAAGUCGACGGCACGGCAGCAAUGGCGGGCACCAUCAUCGUUCAUCUGGCGGUGUCGGUCAUCGCCAUUCGCACCCGGCCCAGAAUAACAUGAUGACCUCCUUCAUGAGCCCCAUGGUCGGCUACUCGAUGAUGGACUUCCUCAUGCCAUCGAACAGUUUCACCGCCUUCUCCUCAAUGAACGGAGCCAUUGGCGGCAGUGUUACACCGAGCGGCGCCGUUAAAAGAACCUCAACAUCGACCACUUUUAUAAACGGUAAGAAAAUGAUGACGAAGAGGGUGUUCGAGAAUGGCAGAGAAACCGUUUUAAGCUACGAAAACGAUGUCCUUAAAUCAAAGACUGUGAAUGGUGUUGCACAGAAUCUCUCGUCGAUAUCAAACUGAAAUGUACAAUAAUUUGUGAUGAUUGUGAACAUUGCUACACACACGACACACAUAGAGAGAGUCAUGAGUCAUUUAUAUAAAAACAAAAUUAUUAAAACAACCCACAAGUCAACUAAAAAAAGAUUUAAACAAAAACAAAAAAAAAAACUAAAAAUAUAAAUGUAGCUAUAAACGGAUAAAAAAAUAAUAAUCAUUAAUAAAAAUUAAAUAUAUCACACACACACACACACACAAAAUAGCAAAUAAUUGUAAUCGCGUGCGCUGUUUAUUUAGCGUCUUAUUAUUAAUAAUUAUUAAACCUAAGUAACAGUACUAUAUAUAUUGUAUAAUUUUAAAUUUAUAAGAUUCUAAGCAAACUUAAUGUAAAGUCUGUGUGAAUAAUUAAUUAUUGGUGGGGAUGAUGCGGAUGAAUGCUAAACUGCUAACGCUAAGCAAACAAACAAACAAACAAACACUCUCAAUGCAAGAGAAAAUGUUCAAACAAGCCAACAAGAAGGGAUUGAACACAUUUCCAACUAGAAGAAAAAAAAAAAACACAGAAAAAAAACAAAAACAUUUACUAAAUUAAUUACUUAUGUCUUUUUCAUUGAUGAAUAAACUAAAUUCAAAUUGCCAUUCUUAUGUGGAGAGGAAAAUUUUUAAUUUUUAAUAUAUAUAUAUAUAUACAUAAUAAUAUAAAUAUUUACUAAGAUUUAUUUAAUUUUUCAUAAACUAAAUUAAAAUUAAUAGUAUAUAGGCAAUGAAAUAAUAACAAACAAACAAAAAUCAUCACCUCUUAUCACAACAUUGUUGGUUGUUAUCAAUUCAAAAAUCUAAAUAUUCGAAACUGUAAAAUUAAAAUGUUUCAAUUCAUCUAAUAGAAGAAAGAAACAAUUUCCCCAAAAUCAUGUAUCACACUCAGUAUUUCUUGAAAAAGUAUAAAUUAAAUGUAUUCUCCCCAAAAAAUAUGUAUUUAAUACGUGAUAACCAAUAUCCAGUCCAUUAAAUCAUUAUCCAACCCUUAAUUCCGUGUCAAAAUUCUGGAAAAAUUAAUUUUGAAACAUAUACAUAAAGCCUCAGAAUUGUAUUCGAAGGAUUAAAACAUUUUUUCUCAAUAAUUAUAACUCUGACGAAUUGUGUGACAGGGGUGAAAAAUAAUACAAAAACAAAAGAUAACUUAUGAUUGGCGCGUGAAUCUGAAAGAUGAAUAUAUUUGUUCUUAUAAUUUUUCUUUUUAAAUCUAUUAUUAUUUUUUUUUUAAAUGAAGAAACGUACAGUUUUUUAUUAUCUAAGUUUAUUUUUGUUACAAACAAUCAUAAAUUCCUUUUUGCAGAGGACACAAACUGCGAUACAUAUAAAUACAUAAAUAACAAAACAAAAUAAUAAAACUGAAUAAAACAAAAUAAAAACACUUUUACUUAAUCCACUCUAAGUUAAGUUUUCUUUUUUUUUAUGAAUAUGGAAAUUGGGAGUUCAUAAAAAAUUAAAGAAAAGUAUUUAUAUAAAUACUUAAAACAAAAAUAAUAUUUAUUUAACAAAAAAUGGAAAGAAAUAAUUAAACCCAAGCGCACUCACUAUACCUAUUCAAUUUAGUUUUGUUAUA